GACAAUGAUGAAAGGCCUCGAGAACAGUGGACAAAAUGGACGUGGUUUUUAACUAUUUGGGUAGUGGACAAUGAUGAAAGGCCUCGAGGACAGUGGACAAAAUGGACCGUGGUUUUAACUAUUUGGGUAGUGGACAAUGAUGAAAGGGCCUCGAGGACAGUGGACAAAAAUGGACGUGGUUUUAACUCUCUGUUUUUUCUUUUUUUAGACGUUAUGUUCAAAUGCCCCAGUGGUCCUGCUGCUGCCCCGCCCCCUCAGGACCAGGAAAUGGAAGAGGAGGAGUUUGGACCUCGACUGCCCCCCCCUCCUCUACAUUGAGUGAGUCCCUUACCAGUAACGCGAUCAAAUUCUUGUAUUUGCCCCGGCCCGGUUUGAACAGACAUUCAUGAUUCCUUAACAUCCAUUCAAUUCUUGGUUGUUCGCAUAAAAGCAUUCAACCGGUUCUGUCACAGCCCCAUCUUGAGAGUUUAUGUAGAUGAUUUGGAAUCUCUCCAUCUCUGCUUGUCUAUUCAGCAGCAGAGAGCCGUCCGGCCCCAACUCCCUCUGUCUAAAGAACGACAAACACAAGAAGAAGUGUAAGGAGAAGUACAAGCCAAGAAACACGGCAAGCACAAGAAGGACAAAAAGGUACGGCCGGGGGAAAACAAAUGAAACCCAGGAAAAAUUGACUACGAUGUCUUGUCUGUCUGUCUCUCUCUGACACGCUGCUCUAUGACUGGCUAAGUUAGUUAUUCAAGAGUAUCUCCAUUGCACCAAACAUGUUUGGUCUUUGUUUUGGUGGAAGUGCCAGAAACGCCAUUCACUGUCUGUCAGUAUGUCCUCUUGACUCUCCCUCUCUGCCGUUGUUGUUGUUGUUGUUGUCAACAGCAGAAGAAGAAGCACAAGAGGCACAAGCACAAAGGCAAGCAGAAGAAGAGCGGUAGGAAGGAGGAGUCAUCAGACAGCAGCUCAGAGGGGAGUGACGGGAACGGCCAGGAGGAGGGAGGUGGCGUAUCAACAGAAGAGCUGCUCAGAAGGUCAGAGGGCAUGGUCCUUGUUUCAUUCAGCUGAUGUAGACAAACACAUGACAUUUCAGGAGGGGUUGAAAAACUCUUAAUAAUACAGACCCUGCAUAGGCCUGCUCUAACACAUACCUUUAUUAUUGUCUCACAAUGUUUUGAUCUGAAUGGCUUUUUAAGGUGCUUUUUAAUGACAUUAAUUGUAGUCCUCUGUAGCUCAGCUGGUAGAGCACGGCGCUUGUAACGCCAGGGUAGUGGGUUCGAUCCCCGGGACCACCCAUACACAAAACAAAUUAUGCACGCAUGACUGUAAGUCGCUUUGGAUAAAAGCGUCUGCUAAAUGGCAUAUUAUUAUUAUUAUUAUUAUUAUUAUUAUAGUCCAAAACGGUUAUAAUCAGGUACAAAACAAUUAUAACCAGGCCAAAAACAAUUGACCCAUGUCAUUAAAACAUAUUGUAAUAUUAUGACCGUGUCAUUACAUUAAUGAUAUUAAUUGAUCCUUCCUCUCCCAUCUCAUCAGGUUGAAGAGCAUCCGUGGGAAGAAUAUGCGGUGAACCUGUGAUCCGACAGACAGCGGGAUCCACCAUGUCCUCCAUGAGGAUAGAUACCGGAGACUGGAGUCAGGGAUCAUUCUGUAUGGCAUUUAGGAAUUCCAAUAGCCCUGUACCUAUGGUGAUGAAAGAGGGUCUUACUCUAAAUAGAGAUGUGAGUUUUUGCUGAUCAAUGUCUUGGGCUGAUAUGUUGAGUUAUCAUGAAUUUUUGCCAUCCUCUGUCAAUCAAUAAAAAGUAGAUUUUUUGUUGUUGUUGUAAUCGGUCUCUGCAUUAUAAUC